CAAAUGUUUGUGCCGCUCCCUGUUAGCUUAAGCUGCUGAACGGACACAGACGGCUGUUUUCCUCCUUAGUUACAGUUAAAAAUACAAGCUCCAGCUUUGGUUAAUCUUUGCAAAAAGUCCAAAAGAUUGGUCAGGUAACGAUGGCGGACUGUGUCACUAAAGUGGAACUGAGUGUCUCCUGCUCUGACCUGUUGGAUAAAGAUGUUGGAUCAAAGUCUGAUCCUUUGUGUGUGCUGCUGCAGAGCUCCGGAGCAGACAGCUGGACCGAGCUGGGUCGUACUGAGAGUUUGAAAAAUACCUCCAGUCCGUCUUUCAGUCAGCGCCUCAGAUUGGAUUAUCACUUUGAGACGGUGCAGAAUCUGAAGCUGGGGAUCUACGAUAUCGACAACGCCAGUUCUGACCUCGGCGAUGAUGACUUCCUGGGAGGCGUGGAGCUAACACUGGGACAGAUAGUGUCCAGUAAAACUUUGACCAGACCUCUGCAGCUGAAGAAAGGCAAACCUGCAGGCAAAGGAAGCAUCACUAUCACAGCAGAGGAGAUAAAGGACAACCGAGCCAUUGAGUUGGAGUUUAAUGCCCAAAACUUGGACAAGAAGGAUACUUUUGGGAAGUCUGAUCCAUUCCUGGAGAUUUUUAAACAAGGAGACGAUGGAAAGUGGCAGCUGGUCUACAGAACAGAGGUGGUGAAGAACAAUCUGAAUCCCUCCUGGAAGAAGUUCUCCGUUCCUCUACAGACGUUCUGCUCCAGCGACCUCGACAGACCCCUGAAGGUGAAUUGCUCUGAUCAUGACAGUGAUGGAUCUCAUGAUCUGAUUGGUUCUUUCACCACUAAAGUCUCUGAGCUGCAGAAAGCUGAACAAGGUGCACAGGUGGCGUUUGACUGCAUCCACCCCGAGAAACAGAAGAAAAAGAAGAGCUACAAGAACUCUGGAGUCGUCUCUGUGAAGAGCUGCAAGCUGUUGACUCAGUACACCUUCCUGGACUAUGUGAUGGGCGGCAGCCAGAUCAACUUCACCGUGGGAAUCGACUUCACUGGCUCUAAUGGGGAUCCUCGCUCGCCCAACUCUCUCCACUACAUGAGUCAAGACGGGUCUAACCAGUACCUGUCGGCUCUGUGGUCUGUGGGUCACGUGGUCCAGGACUACGACACUGAUAAACUCUUCCCAGCGUUUGGUUUUGGAGCCAAACUGCCUCCAGACUACCAGGCUGCACACCAUGAGUUUGCCCUCAACUUCAACCCUACAAACCCCUACUGCAAAGGUAUUCAGGGGAUUGUUGAGGCCUACAGGGCGGUUUUGCCUCAGCUGAGACUGUCUGGACCCACAAACUUCUCUCCCAUCAUUAAUCACGUCGCUUCCAUCGCCGCCCAAGCCGCGCAGAGCAACAACGCCUCUCAAUACUUCGUCCUCCUCAUCCUCACUGACGGUGAGAUCACGGACUUCGAUCAGACCCGCGAUGCUAUCGUCCGGGCGUCUCGGCUGCCAAUGUCAAUCAUCAUCGUUGGGGUUGGGCCGGCGGACUUUAAGGCCAUGGAGCUUCUGGAUGGAGACGACGGCAAGCUGAGGUCGACAGUGGGGGAGACCGUCGUCAGAGACAUCGUCCAGUUUGUCCCCUUCAGACAGUUUAAAGAUGCUCCACAGUCGUCUCUGGCUCAGUCUGUCCUCGCUGAGGUUCCCAACCAGCUAGUCUCUUAUUUCAAAAUGAGAGGCUUAGAACCAGCUAAAGUUGCCCCCAAAUCCUAAACCCUGCACGCAUAAAUCCUAAACACCACCCCUGCACUCCCUAAACCCAGCUGAAGGCCCAUCCUCCUCUCAUUCCAGGAUCAGACCUCCCACAAAAUCGACCACCCUUCAGGGACCAACCCCAUUUGUUGCUAGAAUCUCAGCCAAUCACAAUUCAGCAUUUAGCUGUCAGCCAAUCAGGAUGCCAUGGGCAACCCUCUAGUUUUUAUAGUUUUAUAUUCAUUUUUUAAUUAUUUUUGUCUACAAUAAGUGGACUGAUAAAGAUGUAGUGUAGAUGAUUGAUUAUUGAUUCCCUCUGCUGCUUCCAUACUAACUAUGCAGAUCACUUAUGCUUACUAACGUGUUUAACAAUCACAGAGCCACACACACACACAAAUAGAAAAAGCGUUGGUCCACAUUCUGUUUCCAUUGUCGACUGAGAGCUGAAUCUGUUGUGUAAAAGCGUUGUGGGUUUUCCCAUUCACUUCAAUACAGCCGUAUAUUAGAGAGUUUGGCCAACUCAAAUCAUGGGCGCCAUAUUGGAUACAUUCGUCAGAUGACUCUACAGUGUAACCCUAUGGGGCAAAUAUGCUAUCUUGAAAUAAAUCGCUUAUUUUCACCAUAAACAGGCAUAUACAUUAUAUGUUAUUAUCAACAUUUGUCAAUAUGUGAAAGACCCUUAAGGAAAUAUUCCAGUGUAUAUUUACCUUUUUAUAUAUCGUAAAUGAGCCUCUAAAAAAUGCCCAUUGUAGUGAGUGACCACGUCAGGGGAGCAAGACAGGCCAAAUACAAUAGGGCAUUCAGUAACUUACUUGCGCUACAAACACAAUUUCUGUACUUCCAAAAACAUCAUGACUAGUAAGUGAACUCUUAACAAAGUUACUCAGACUUUUGACAAAAUACACAAUAAGACAAUGAUAAUGCGACCGACAGCAUACGGGUAGAAAGUGUGUUUUGGUCAGGUGUAAAUCUCAUUAGGACAGGACCAUAAUGUUAUCAUGCUAGCAAUAAUAACUUCAAACUUCAUUCAUUUCUAAAGCGGUGUUAGAUCUUUCUUGACAGCAUGGUACACAUUAACGAUGGUAUUACGAUAUUUGUCCUAUGUAAUUUUUUGUCGUAAGUCGAAGAGAGAAAUUUACAUUUACCUCCUACAAAAAUAAGUCAUUGCAGCCAAACAACGCAACAGUUGGGCAUUUUUUCAGUGAUUUAUGUCAUUUUUAAAAAUAAUUUAUUAAAUUUUUCCCACUAUUCCCUGCACUAUGUCAGUGUGAAUCAGAUGGAUGUUGGUAUUCAACAUGGAGUCCACGAAACACGUGACCGCUUUGGAACCAAUCGCAUAACGGGAUAGCUCAGAACAUUCGAUUCCCUAGUUGGCCAAACUCUCUCUAAUAUACGGCUCUGGUCAAAGUGUUACACAGCAGCACCUAUUGGACAUUAGAGGAAGUGCAGCUGCACAUCCCUCACUGUAACCAGUGGUGUCCAUGUUGCCAUGGUGACACACUGGACCAGCUGUGUGCGUGUUUAUGGCUCUGAUUAGCUUUAUUGAUCGGGUAUCGAUACUUAGCACUUUGCUCUUGCACUAAAUGCUGGAAUAUUGUAUCAUGAAUGAUAUUAUAUACCUGUCUAAUAGCUUUAUUACUACAGCCUUACUAUAAAACCUUACUAUAGCCUUACUGUAGUCUUUAGUGUAGCCUGUCUGACCUUAGCCCGCUGCUUUAGCUUGAAUGUUUCCAGACUGUUCUGUCACGACUCUGUGUUUUGCUGAUGCUGCCAUCUUGGCGCCUAGUUCUGAACUCAUUUCUACUAUCAAGCCAAAAUUCAUUUUACCUUGCACGGCAGCUGAAUUCUGCCGAUAUCAUGAGAUCUUGCAAGAAUCGAGCGCUUGAUUGACUUGACUUCAAUCUGAGCCGCUACAUAAAUACGUCGUAUUUUACUUACUACAGUUGUAGUCUGUACAGUUGGCAUGUUGGCCGUUAGUGGUAAAUAAACAGAUUAAAAUCUCUUUCACAUUCAGUCUGAACUCCCUUUUAGACUCAUAAUUAAGAAUUCUGGCUGUUGCUGUCUUAGUUGUCCAUUGAUGAGAGCAUUUGUAAGUCGUAAAUGUGCUAACCCUCCAUCCCACAUGACCUAAGCGUCGCACUGAGAGUCUGUCUGAACAUCUGCUCUGAUUCUUUACCAAAGACUGUCUUCUGAAUACUGGAAUGACCUGAACACACACACUUAUUGUCAAAAUGUGUCAAAACUCAUGUUUACUGCAGCGAAGCCACACUUAAUGUUACAUUGCUUAUUAAAGAGCUAUUGCCAACACUUAAUCUGCAACCACUUUAAAUGACUAAGAAUUUAACCACUUAAAAUCACCACUUUUGUUGUGGAUGACGAUAGCAUUUUUCCUUUUUUGAAGGGUCCAUUUUAAGUGAAAUGUUUUUACUGCAUAUUAUUUUUAGUGCUCAAGGUUGUUUUAACUUUAGCAAAAUGUUCGGGAGCAAAAAGAAAGCUCUGGGAAAAGGAGUUUGCAAGUUAGGAACGAGAGUAAAGAUUAUUGUGUCAUAUCAGUUGUGUAUUUUUAGUUGAAGCAGUGUUUUAUGUUUCCAGCUGUUAGACUUCUGUCUGCCUCUCAGGUGCCAACAGUGUCUGCUGCUUCAGGCUCUGUGCAUGGUUGUUUUUUGAUCAAAUUUGUUCCACGUUUCUAUCCAGAAAACAAUAGAAACCGUCACCUGCUCACUGACUCCUGUUCACCUCUUACAGUUGCCCGUGAGGGACAGGAGUCGCAGGAAGUGUUUACAGGGUGAGAUGAAGUGAAAAAGAUGCUCAAGUUAAGAGUCUUCUACUCACCCUUAAUUCCAGGUUUUCAGAGAAGUUUUGAAUCUGAGGGUCAGAGUUGAACAGGUUUUUAUGUUUAAAAAAAUAAUUUUGAAAUCAGAUUCUCAGAAAGUAAAGAGGAUGACGGUGUUAAUUUGUAAAGAUGUUUUCUAGAAAGAUGGAAUGAUUGCGGAGUCUUGAUUCUUCCAAAGUUCAGGAGAAUAACAUUGUUAUUCUCCUGAUACGAUAAGACGAUGUCUUUCUGCUUAGGAGUUGUGACCUCAUAAUGUCUACAAUUCAUCAGGAAAAAGAGGCAGAGAAGAAGAAACAGAAAAAAUCCACUUGAAGCAGUUAAAGCUGCAGUGGGAAGAAAGCAAAAAAGCCAGAAUUUGAAGUAAAGUGAGACCUCUUCUUGCAGCUCUCCUUCUCCCUCCUGUCACAUGUGCAAUGCAUGUACAGAACAGCCAAUAGGAGCGCUCUCUCUCUGUGAAAUGAACUGUGAUUGGCCAAAGUCUCCUGUCAUUGGUCAGAUUUACUAAAGCCUGAAAACAAGCCAAGAGGAGAGAAGUCUUAGUUUCCUCUCAGACCCCUUGAAUUGUAAUAUGAUGAAAGAUUAUUAUGGACUUCUUGCCCAAUGUCGCCAGAAAUAAAUUGCCUACCACAGCUUUAAGUAAAACUUUUUCUUUAUUGCACUUAGAUGACAAUGGUAUAUUUGGGUAUUUAGUAUGUUUCAGAGGGGUUUACUUCUCUAAUUCAGUUCAAGUGAAUUGCUUCUUUGUGUUUUUUGAAUACAUGGAGUAGUAAUAUAAUCCAGGAAGAAAGCAAAAAUUAUAAAAAAAAAAAAGUUUGAAAAAAUGAAUGAGCGCAGUUUGGGAACGACUGGUUGCUUUGCACAUCAAAUGUCGGAAGACAAUAUACAUAUCUUGGUCAAACCAUUAAAAAAUUGUUAAAUAAAUAAAAAAACUUUAAUGAAUUCAUCUUCCAGGAAAAACUAACAAAUUCUGACUGAGUGUGAAUGUUCAUUUUGACAGUGUAAACUGUUUUUUAGUAAAAAAAAACAACUUAAAAGCUCCAUAAAAGCUAGGCUAAUUAAAGGUGAAGUCAGUGAUUUUAAUCCAAUCCACUUUUUGUCAAAUUCGGGGAUAUCUCCUCAUGGUCUGCCAGCGGUCUGUUCUAUGUGUGCGCUGCCCUUGCUCUGUGAAUGGGAAAUAAGAAAGUGACUCGGACCAAGCCAAAAGUCACUAGUUUAGCUACUCUCCCCCUUCCAUGUCCUUCUCGCCCACAAGGAACGGAGCUAGACCACGAUAGUAAUGAAGCCUAACAAACAUUGGAGGUAUCCGCUUGCUAACUUGGUAUAAACAUGUUUUUUGGGUGUUGAGCUCAAAUAUGAACAAUCUUUUUCAAUAAUCACUGACUCCACCUUUUAAGUGGACCAUGAGUUCAGGUUUGUUUGUAAUUUAAUCUCAAUCUGUGUUGAUGCCAAACUGCAGAAGACUCUGUAAAGCCUAUUGAAGUUUGUCCGUGUCAGACUGCCAUGAUCUUCUUUUAUUUUGUUUUCUUCACUCUUGCCAAAAACUUGUUUUAUGUAUAUGUUCUAGUUAAAGGGACGGGAAGUGUUAAAAGUAUUUGAAUGGUAGAAAUUUCAGCCAGGAAUUGCCAGUUUUCAUUUUAAACGGACUGCUUAUGAAGUAAAGGGAAAAAAAAAAUCAUUAUAGAAAUAUGAUCAGAGUUCAGCCGAACAUGCUGUAUUGUCACGGCAACACUGGCUACAUGUGUUGUCAUCAAGUCAAGGGAAAAAGUUGUCCAAAUUCUGAAAACCAUCACUAAAACCAUCACACUUUGAAAAAGAGGGGAAAAAAACAAGAAAAAAAUGCUGCCUUAUACUAUCUUGAUAAAGAACUACACCUCCCAUAAUGCUUUGCUCCCUAGUGCUGCUCACUGUUAUCAAACAUUUUAACUGGUUGACCAACAGCACUGUGACUAGCUCCAUUGCUCACAUAUUCAACCAACUGCUGCAAUUACCUAACCAGUAUUCCUAAACCAGUAUAACCAGUAACAUGUCUGUAUGAACGCUGCCUGUUGGAAUACAACAAUAAAACAACUUUGUAAAAGAUAAA